AUGGUGGUGUGCGACGGGCCCCCGGGCGCGUCGCUGCACCUGCUGUUUCCUCUGCCGGCGGUGGAGCAGUUCCGGGCGGGCAUGUCGGCGCAGCGCGACGCGAACGGCGGCGGGCCGGUGGAGGAGAAGCGCCUCAAGUGGAAGCUCGAGGAGCUCGGCUUCACCCAGUUCUCGCUGCCGCUCCCCGCGCCGCUCCGCUCGGCAAAGCGGCGCGAGACGCCGUCGGCGGAGGCGCGCGAGUGGUCGUCGGCGGAGGCGGCCGUCUUCGGCGACUGCCUCGCCCGCCACGGCCGCCGCUUCCGCGACAUGCUGCCCGAGCUGCCGGGCCGGACGGUGGCGGACUUGGUCGAGGCGUACUACCGCACGCACAAGACGCACAACCACAUCAACAAGAUCGACACGCACCAGCAGACGCGCAACGUGCGCGAGGGCAUGUGCUGCACCGUCGGCUGCCUCCUCCACCACAACCACGGGGGGCUCCACCUCUUCGAGCAGCCCGUCGGCCCGCGCGUCCGCCGCCAAAAGGUCAUCCAAGACGCCGUCUUCUCCUGA